AUGGCUGCCAUUGAUGCAGGCAUCGCGUCGAGCCAUGCCUCGCGCACCCCUGCCAGUCUGGGCGCCCUCAGCCUCCAGCAACUCGUGGGGGUGAAGGAGCAACUUGACGCGGAAGUGCAAAACUUGUCUGCUCAUCUGCGCACUCUGCGCAUGGCCAGCGGGCGCCUGCAGGAGGCAAGAGAGGCCUUGAACAAGUUCGCGAGUCCUGGAGAUGCGACAGACGAAGAAGACCAGGCAGAAGUUCUCGUGCCACUCACGAGCUCCGUCUACGUGAAGGGUCGGCUCGUGACACGCAAGAAGCUCCUCGUGGACGUUGGAACAGGUUUUCUGAUCGAGAAAAACUGCGAGGAUGCCAAGAAGGGUCUCGACAAGAACGUCAGCAUGGUGAACGAGCAAGUGGCGAAGGUGGAGAAGAUUCUACCCGAGAAGCAACGCCAAUCUGAAGCUGCACAAAACAUGAUUCAGCAGAAAUACUUCCAACAGCAGCUCUUGCUUCAGCAACAGCUCCAGCAGAGCGGCGCCCAGCCCGCGCCGAAGUGA